GUUGCCGGUUUUUCGUUCUGGCAACAUUGCUGAAAACGUUUUGCCGACGCCGCCACCGCUAAGUUUCUUUUUUAAAUAAAUAUUUCCUUUUUUAACACACACAAUGGAUUCCGAUUUGUACGAUGAGUUUGGCAACUAUAUAGGUCCCGAUUUGGACAGUGACGAGGACGAUGAUCAGAGUAUUUAUGGGCAACCUGAUGUGCAGGACGACCAAGAUGAAGACGAUAUGGAUGCCGAUGAAGCUGAACCACAAGAGGAUGAAGACAAGGAAGUGACCGCUGUGGUGCUGCAUGAGGACAAACGAUAUUAUCCCUCUGCGGUGGAGGUGUACGGGCCGGAUGUGGAAACCAUAGUGCAGGAGGAAGAUGCCCAACCGCUAGACAAACCACUCAUAGAGCCGGUGAAGAAGCUAAAGUUUCAAAUCAAAGAGCAAGACUUAAUGGAAACCACUUAUGAUAUGGAGUUCAUGGCCGAUCUAAUGGAUACGCCACCCCUGAUACGUAAUGUGGCCCUCGUUGGUCAUCUGCAUCAUGGCAAAACCACAUUUGUAGACUGUCUCAUACGACAAACACAUCCGCAGUUUGAGAAUAUGGAGGAGCGAUCCCUCCGAUACACAGACACUCUGUUCACAGAGCAGGAACGUGGCUGCAGCAUCAAAGCCACGCCGGUAACACUCGUUCUGCAGGAUGUGAAGCAAAAGAGCUACCUGCUCAAUAUAUUUGAUACACCCGGCCAUGUGAAUUUCUCCGACGAAGUUACAGCAUCCCUUCGCAUGAGUGACGGAGUGGUCCUAUUCAUCGAUGCGGCCGAGGGUGUCAUGCUCAAUACGGAACGCCUGCUAAAGCAUGCUGUGCAUGAACGUCUGGCCAUUACCGUAUGCAUUAACAAGAUUGAUCGACUUAUCUUGGAGCUAAAGUUGCCACCGCAAGAUGCUUACUUUAAACUCAAGCAUAUUGUCGAGGAGGUAAAUGGCCUACUGAGCAUUUACGCUGGAGGUGAUGAGAGUCUCAUGGUCUCACCCAUUUUGGGCAAUGUGUGCUUUGCCAGUGCCCUAUACGGUUUUUGCUUCACUCUGAAAUCGUUUGCCAAACUUUAUGCAGAUACCUACGAGGGUGUCCAGUAUUUGGAUUUCGCUAAACGCCUAUGGGGCGAUAUGUACUUCAAUAGUAAAACACGAAAAUUCAGCAAAAAACCGCCACAUAACUCGGCACAGCGCAGCUUUGUUGAGUUUAUAUUGGAGCCAAUGUAUAAGCUUAUUGCCCAGGUGGUCGGAGAUGUGGAUACCACUUUGUCGGACACCUUGGCCGAGUUGAGUGUGCGAGUGUCCAAGGAUGAGAUGAAGUCGAAUAUACGACCAUUAUUGCGUUUGGUUUGCAAUCGUUUCAUGGGCGACUGCAGCGGAUUUGUGGAUAUGUGUGUAGAGCACAUCAAAUCGCCAUUGGAGAACGCUAGGCGAAAGGUGGAUCACAUUUACACUGGUCCCAAGGAGGGUGACAUUUAUCGCGACAUGAUUAGCUGCAAUCAAUACGGAACUCUAAUGGUGCACAGUUCCAAGAUGUAUCCAAACGACGAGUGCACCUUCUUUCAGGUGUUGGCUCGCGUGGUUUCUGGAACUUUACAUGCCAGUCAAGAGGUCCGUGUGCUUGGCGAGAAUUACACGUUGCAGGAUGAGGAGGAUUCCCGCAUUCUUCAAGUCGGCAGAUUGUGGGUCUAUGAGGCCCGCUACAAGGUGGAAUUGAAUCGGGUUCCCGCAGGCAACUGGGUGCUCAUUGAGGGCAUCGACCAGUGCAUUGUGAAAACAUCAACAAUCGCAGACAUUAAUGUUCCCGAAGAUCUUUAUAUAUUUCGGCCACUUAAGUUUAAUACGCAAAGUAUUAUCAAGAUUGCCGUCGAGCCCGUUAAUCCCUCUGAGUUGCCAAAAAUGUUGGACGGCCUGCGCAAGGUUAAUAAGUCCUAUCCUCUGCUCUCCACCCGAGUUGAGGAGUCUGGCGAGCAUGUGAUCCUUGGCACAGGCGAGCUAUAUCUAGAUUGUGUAAUGCAUGAUCUCCGGAAAAUGUACUCAGAGAUUGACAUCAAGGUGGCCGAUCCUGUAGUCGCCUUCUGCGAAACUGUCGUGGAAACUAGCUCACUCAAAUGCUUCGCCGAGACACCCAAUAAGAAGAAUAAGAUUACCAUGAUAUCGGAACCAUUGGAAAAGGGCCUGGCCGAGGACAUUGAGAACGAGACGGUCUGCAUCAAUUGGAAUAAGAAGCGGAUCGGUGAAUUCUUUCAGGUCAACUACGACUGGGAUUUGCUGGCAGCUCGUUCCAUCUGGGCUUUUGGUCCGGAUACAACUGGUCCCAAUAUUCUUGUUGACGACACUUUACCCUCAGAGGUCGACAAAAAUCUACUGACUGCUGUGAAGGAUUCAAUUGUACAGGGCUUCCAAUGGGGUGCGAGGGAAGGUCCCCUCUGCGAGGAGCCCAUACGAAAUGUCAAGUUCAAAAUAUUGGAUGCCGUCAUCGCCAAUGAGGCACUGCAUCGGGGCGGUGGCCAAAUCAUUCCAACAGCUCGUCGAGUGGCUUACUCGGCAUUCUUGAUGGCCACACCUCGCCUCAUGGAACCUUAUCUUUUUGUAGAAGUGCAAGCGCCGGCUGAUUGCGUCUCCGCUGUCUAUACGGUACUGGCCAGACGGAGAGGCCAUGUCACUCAGGAUGCCCCCGUGUCUGGUUCGCCCAUCUAUACAAUCAAAGCAUUCAUACCCGCCAUCGAUUCAUUUGGUUUUGAAACAGAUCUGCGUACCCAUACCCAGGGUCAAGCAUUCUGUUUGUCCGUGUUCCAUCACUGGCAAAUAGUGCCCGGUGAUCCUCUGGAUAAGAGCAUAAUUAUCAGACCACUAGAGCCCCAACAAGCCUCCCAUUUGGCACGAGAAUUCAUGAUCAAGACGAGAAGGCGUAAGGGUCUAUCGGAAGAUGUGUCUAUCAAUAAAUUCUUUGAUGAUCCUAUGUUGCUGGAAUUGGCACGCCAGGAUGUGCUAGUCAAUUAUCCAAUGUAAUCAAAUGUUAUCAGAGUUAGGAAUGCAAUUAUUGAUCAAUAAUGGAUUUGUCAAACUAAAGAGAAAGAAAUCCACUUCAGACAAACAAUAAAAUAUAUUUCUUAUGGUAAACUUUUAAA